CAGAGUAGUAUUCAGUGCGUCGUGCGAAAAGUAGUCGAGCUUGGCGAGGUCGCCUUUUGCGUUGGCACGGAGUUUCGGUUCGUGCAUGUUUUUAAUUAUAAUUUCGAAUCGAAAAAACCGCGUACAUUUUUAUCUGUAUGCUCGUUAUAAUUCGGUGGAAUAAGAACGAAAGUGAUGAAGUGUAAUUCUGUGCUUGAACAUAUAGGGCGUAGCCAGGCAUUGUGCAAAAUCGGCUGAAAACGAAUGACGACAAGGCGGUGCGUGACAGUCUGAACUGCCAUUGGAAAGGAUAUCUUGUUGUCUUUUUCGCACCUAGUGGUAUUUUGUGUACUCGCGGGGUUCGCUGCAUCAUCAUCAUCCUUUCUCUCUCUCUCUCUCUCUUUCUCUCUCUCUCUCUCUUCUUCUCUCUUCUAUCUUUUUCUUUACUAGCUUCUUACCGUUCCGUAUAUUGUUCAAUCGUACUCGUAUACGUGCUAUAUAGACAAAAUUGAAGACGUCCACGCAUGGUGCAGGUUCAAUUGCAACAGAGUUCCGAAUUUAAGUAUAAAGUGGAUGAUCAACAUGAGCAGCAGAUGACUGUUAGCCGAGCUGAUGCUCGUUCAAUUUUAAUAUGAGUGAAGUAGUGGCUGUAACACCUAGUGGUGGAUCAACACGCCAGGAAAGCGUGGUACACAUCAAAAGACAUAAAUUAGCCAACUGUAAUGUUCCUCUUGUACACGGACGGUCAAAUCCACCGAUUAACAGCCGUAAUAGGCUGACUACGCAUCAACGAAAUCACAGUUUGGAUUUUAGAUCAAUGGGUAUUUUGUUACCGCCAGUCCCACAGGCAAGCGCGACCACGCUGACGCACCAUCAUAGAAAUCGAAGUCUUGAUUCCGCGCUUCAACGUAUUCCGGAAGUGGAUGUGACACCAAGUCCAGAAUGCGAGACGACACCUGCCCCGGUAACUAAAGUGGUCGUAAUACCGGCGUGCAAAGCGCGCAGCCGGGAACGCGAAGAUCUUGCCAGUCUCGGGUCCGACGAUUCGGGUAUACUUUGCGGUUCCGAUAGCGGUUCUAGCGACGCAACAAACGCUGCCACUAGAGAAUCGAGCGUUGAUCAUCUGCAUAGCCGUGAAAGCCUCGACUCCUCGUUAUCCCAACCAGGUGACAUGGAUAGCGUGGAUACAGUGGAUGGCGAAGAAACUAGUGCUUUGGAUUCAGUGACGGUGUCGGUGCAAGUAUCACCUGUGGAACUGGUGCACUUGAGUGAACCUUCGUCGAAAAAGGGUGGUGAUAAUAGUGAGCCACAUAAACACGAAAACACAAUCAGUGGUAAUCACGAUUCGCAAGAAACGUGCUCCAAUAACGUCUGUACAGUCAACGAAUUCGAGAGCCAUGAGUAUACGCAGGAUGAACAACGAUGCACCGAUGUGGGUGUGACAGUUGGUACGCGAGAUUUCCAAAAUUCCAUGGAAGUCUUGCCAGUGAACGAUAAACAGAGUGAAUUGGCCGGCGCGGCUAUGACUUUAUGUUGCGGGACUGCAGUGCAAUCCGAAAUUAAUGAGGCAGCUGUAAAAAAGCAAACUGGUGUUGUUUGCCGUAGGCAAGAGACGGUACAACCAAAACCAUCUGAAGGAUGUUUGCUUAGAUUGUUUGAAAGCCAGAUUUUUGAUAUGUCUAUGGCAAUUUCUUAUCUUUUUAAUUCUAAAGAGCCUGGCGUUCAGAGCUAUCUUGGAAACAAGAUGUUUAGUUUCCCAGAUAAUGAUGUGGACUUCUAUUUACCACAACUAGUUGUGAUGUAUAUACAACUUCAUGAUGUUACAGAAGUUCUUUAUCCAUAUCUUGUUCAUAGAUGUAGACAGUCAGCUGAUUUUUCAUUAAAAUGUGCCUGGCUAUUAGAUGCAUAUAGUUCAGAUGCUCAUUUGCCAUCAAAAAAAAAGUCUCAUGGGACCAAAUUAAAAAAUCUUAUUCUCUCAGAUGAACUCAGGCCAAAAGGAAAUGAGAAUAAAAAACGUGUAACUGGAUUACAAACUCCCGCACCGCUAUCAUUAAUUCCGAUGCAAAAUAUUACAUCUCCUAAUAAAAAGACACACCAAAGAUCUCAAUCUGAUGCCAGUGGAUUAUUUCAAACUCUACGUCGUAGCCAUUCCGGUACAAUAAAUAAAGUAAGUCUUGGGGACCUGAGCUCUGGUCGAGCAUUUGAUAAUGGUUGUACCUGUUUUUAUUCCUGCCAAGGUGUGGUAAAUGAUUUACGAGGACAAAAAACCGACUGCUUUUGCAAUGCGCCACGUCUUGCUCCAGAACUUGAAUUUAUACAAGCAUUAAUAUCAAUUGGUAAAUUACUUGGAACUAUUCCAACAAAGGAAAGUAAAACUGUUCAAUUAAUAGCAGAACUUAAUACUCUCAAUUUGAAUCUCCCUGCAAGGGUGUGGCUUCCUUUGCACAGUUCAAUACCACAUCAUAUCGUACGAGUGCCACCACAAUAUGCUGCUGUCCUUAAUAGCAAGGAUAAGGCACCAUACAUAAUUUAUGUUGAAGUGUUAGAAGUAGAAGAUAUUUAUACGUCACCUGUACCGACGAAAAUAGUAGGAUGUUCAUUGAGGCAUACUAAAUCUGAAGAAAAUUUAACUGGAGGUGAACAAUCUAAUGUAAUGGGUUCAUCAAACAUAUCCGCUUCAGAAACGCAACAGAAUAUGCUGCCGAUUAGACAAACUCCGAUUAAAAAUAUUUCUCCAUAUUCGGUUAGAAAUACAGAAGUCGCAUUUAAUUUUCCCGAUGAUGAUCCUAGUGAUUGUUGGAGUCAAGAGGAUGAUGAAAUCACACAACAGUAUUUACAAUUACGUAAGCCAAAAGAUAGAGAUACAAUAUCUCAAUUAAGUCAAGAAUCAUCAGAUAGUAAAGAACCAAUAUUUGUACCUGGUGAUAUAAAGAGGCGGUUAAGUGAAAUGGCUGCUGCACCUAGUGCAACAUUUAAUCAUGAUCCAGAAGAUCCAUCAGCAGCUGUUCUCAAGGAACCAUGGGAAUUAAAACAACGUCGCAUAAGGUCAUCCAGUCCAUAUGGUCAUUUGGCAUCUUGGAGACUUCUUGCUGUUAUUGUAAAAUGUGGUGAUGAUCUUCGACAAGAACUUCUUGCUUCACAAUUACUUUCAAUGUUGCAAAAAAUAUGGCAAGAUGAACAUGUACCUCUCUGGGUGCGGCCAUAUAAAAUUUUAUGCUUAUCGAAUGAUAGUGGAUUAAUAGAACCAAUUUUAAAUACUGUAUCACUUCAUCAAGUAAAAAAACAGUGCCAAUUAACGCUUUAUCAAUAUUUUGAAAGAGAAUUUGGCCCAUCUAUGUCAGAAGCAUUUAUUAUUGCGCAAAGAAACUUUAUUCAAAGUUGUGCGGCUUAUUGUCUUGUCUGUUAUCUUAUUCAAGUUAAAGAUCGUCAUAAUGGAAAUAUUUUACUUCAUAGUGAUGGUCAUUUAAUACACAUAGAUUUUGGUUUUAUUCUUUCAACUUCGCCAAGAAACUUAGGAUUUGAGACUAGUCCUUUUAAAUUAACUCCAGAAUUUGUGGAGGUAAUGGGUGGAAGUCAAUCUAAACAAUUUCAAGAAUUUAAAACUUUAAUUCUCCAAGGAUUAAUCGCAGCACGGAAACAUAUGGAAAAAAUUGUCAAUUUAGUGGAAAUAAUGUUAUCAGGGUCGCAACUUCCAUGUUUCCGUAGUGGUGGAGCAGCGACAGUUCAAGGAUUGAAAAAUAGAUUCCAUCUUACAUUAACAGAAGAUCAAUUACGUCGACAUGUGGAAGAUUUAGUUGAAGCUAGUAUUCAUUCAUGGUCUACUAAAUUAUAUGACCGGUAUCAAUAUUUCGCAAAUGGCACCCUUUAAUAAUAAUAUCAAUUUCUAUCUAUAUGGCGAAGAUAAUGAUUUUUAUAAGAAAGUGAAAAAACUUAAGUUGAUAAUAUGGUACUUCUUCCAGAAUUUCUAAACUUUAUAGCAUUCCGUAUGCACAAAUUAUCUUUGAAUCUAAUUAUUUGAUCACAUACAAGUAUGAUCGAUAGGAAAUGCUAAAAAAUAGAUUUAUUCCAAGUAGUAUAAGCUGAUUUCAGUAGAUUAAUUUUAUUUGUUCCUGAAUUAUUCCUUAGUUUCUUAAAAUAUUAAUAACAAUUAUCUUUCAAAACUUGUACAAAUAUCAUAUUUGUUAAUAAGUAAGAAUGAUUUUUGAAAAACAUUGUUUAUAAAAAUUUUAUGCCUCUUAUUUGUAAAAAAUGAUAAAUGAAACAGGGAAUAAUUUAUGAAAUUUUAAUUGUUACAUUAAGUAAUAUUAAAUAUAUGUAAUUGAUUUUAUUUUAUAUGCUAAAAUGACUAUGUAUGCCUUAUUGGCAUUUACAAGUUAACUAUCGUCGGUGCAGAUUUUGUGACGUUGACUGAAUGUUGGACUGCUAGAUCGUUAUAGCCUAUAACAGCGUAAUUUGUUAAAGGUGCCUUAUUUGUAGAAAAUGGCGGAACGAUCAAAUUUGAACACAGUGAAGUGACUACGUGUGUUGAUCUACUGACAAAACUGAUCUAUUAAAAAAGGACAAUCUAUAAUUUGUACAUAAAUACAUUGCGUGAACUUCUGUCGAAUUUCUUUCGUAAUUAAUUUUCGGCAAUAAAUAAUCCCACCAUAAUGAUGUGAAGAAAUAAUAUGGUGUUUAAGAUUCAUAUGAAUCUUUGAAUGAAAGAAGCGUGUAUACAAGCCCAGAUAUUAGCAGGAGAUGAAUACUCAAAAUAUUUCCUACUUUAUAGAAUACUAUUACUAUAAAUACAUUUAAUUGUAAUGAUACGCUAAGGAUAACUACAUAGUGAAAUUUAAGGAUCACAUUUGAAAGUUUUUACAUGUUCUUAUUACACACAUACAUUGAUAGUGACAAUGCGAAAUACUUAGUUGUGUGAAGAUAGUUAUUUAAUAGUAUUUCUGCGUUACAUAUGUUCGUUUAAGUAAGUAAAUUAUAAAGUAAAGAAAUAUUGUACAUACAUAAAGUAACAGAUUUUAUCACUUAUCAGUUAAAAUUAAUUGAGAAUGAAUGUUUGAAGUAAAAUCAAAGUCAUAGCGAGCCAGCCCAUGUAUGAAACUUGGGCUCUCUGACUUCCAAGUGUCUUAACUCUCUUUUUUCUGUCAUAACCGUCUCACGAUAGGAAGGCGGAUCAGAGAUUAAGAAUAAUUGAUAUUGCAUAAUGCUCAAUACAUUUUGCAUUUGAAUAUUGUUUGCGUAAUAUCAUUGCGCUAAUUUUUGUUAAGUAUUUAGUUUUUGCUAUUUCCUAAGCAAUUAUAAAUGUUAUUAAAAAUUUUUCUUGAUUUCAUAGAAUAAAUAAUAAAUUCUACAGUUUUUAUAUAAUUGAAAAUAUUGAUAUCUCUGAUUUGCCUUAUUUUUCCGCUAUCAAUUAUGAGCUACUGAUAAUAUCAAUUAUUAAAUAAAUAUGAAAUCUAAUCAAA